ACGUCUGGUCUUCUUACUUGGGUAGCACUUUCGGACAGACCAAGCCAUGUCCUUUUUCACGCGGCCCACGCAGCCCACCGAGGACGCCAGAAAGAACCUCCCUGAGUCUCAAGGUCUGUGUCGUUACCCGUUCAGCACCCAGGAGGUCGAAAUGCUGUCGCCACACACGAUCUCUCUCUCUGGCGCGCGCAACCGAAAUGUCUGGGAGGGAAACACAGGCUCCCGAAACCACAUUUCUCGUGGCAUCCGGACGCAGCAGCAAAACGAUCGUGCACAGCAGGCUCACACAGCAGCGGACAUUGUCUCAUUCUUGCCGGCAUCGAGCUUCAAUCCGCUGGCUGAACCCUUCGUUCCUGGAGCGUCUCGUAUGCACACUUUGGCCGCGACACCGGUGCCACAACCAUCUGUACAGCAGACUUCUGCGGCCACGGACGCCUCUCUUGUGAUCAGAUAUGACUGGCUUCCAAGCCUGCGACUGGGAUUAGCGGCCGUCCACCCGGAGUCACGGAGAGUCCUUGCACAGUCUAUCGUCAGACUAAAGCCGUGGGCCCGGGACCCUGUCCGCGUAGCCAUAUUGUCCGCCAAGAUAGCAAAGUGCGUCAUCGAGGGUCACUAUCCCAACAUGACGACAGUCGCGCAGUUCUCAAGCGAGCUUGACAAGCUUUUCCGGCGAGAGGAAGGUGGCCAGCUCGCGAUGUAUUUCAGACGCUGCCUUGAGCUCUACCUCUGCCGCUGCUUCGCCGAGUACUGCUAUCCGCUCUGUCAGCAGCCCCAUGAGAUAUACUCCAUGCGUGCGCCGGUUCGGUCUCGCGAUGGCGAGGUGACAUGCAGUAGAAUCGAGUCGGCGCUGGCGCUGGCGGCGUACGCCGGCGGGCUCUUCGCACAGGAUAUGAUCCCGGGCAGUCUCGCCCUCACUUGUCUGAACGCACUGGUCUCGCAGCCGUACGUCCUGGAGCAUUUGCAGGCGAUACACGCGCUCCUCUCACACGCUGGUCAGAAGCUGUGCAAGGCCGGCUCCCCGGAUUAUUGGGACAGUAUCUCGAGUGUGUCAUUCUCGUCGUACAUCGUAAUGUCUGGCGGCCCGACGGUGCGGGUGACGGAGUGGGAGAACGAGCCAGAGCCCGUGCCUAUGGGGCAGGGCGUAAGGUGGACGUCUGACAGCUUCUACACGCAACCUACCUGGGUACAGAUGGUCUUCGAUAACUUUGCUACCGGGCUUGAUAUUCAGCCACGAGGUGACGAACGCAAUGUCCGUGAGGUAGAGGAUUUGCGUGCGGUGAGGGAGCGCGAGAGGCCAGAGCUCGGGCGUCGGGCGGAGGACGUGGAUGAAGCCCUUGCCGUUGCGCGAGCCGACCUUGGACCCAUAGGGAACGCCGACAAGGUCGUCAUGAACGGGCAAACUGCAUCGCACUCGGUGUCCGAGUUGUCGGUGACAGCAGAUCUAGAUCUGACGUUGACAUCCCUCGCGCAUUGA